UUUCUCGAGUAUAUGGCUGCUGCUGCCGUUUCCCGAACCUGUGCUGCUUUUCUCACCUACCCUCAUGAGGUGGCCCGCACACGGAUGCGGCAGGGCACGCCCCGCUACCGCAGUUUCUGGCCCACUCUGAGCCUGGUGUUCCACGAGGAGGGAUUCCGCGCUCUUUACCGAGGCCUGUGCACGCAACUCGUGCGACAAAUCCCCAACUCGGCCAUCAUGCUGUCCACGUACGAGGCCGUCGUUUACGGACUCACGCGUUACUACGCUGAGGAGACGGAAUUCUACGAAGCACCCGACGUUGUCGAGACUGGCUGGGAAGACAAGAAGAAUCACGCCUGA